GAAAUACUUAAUUGUCUAUUUGGUUGUAUAUAACAGUAGUCGCAAUACAACACUAAGUUAGAUUUGAACAAUCGUUUAACUUAUAAACAUAUCGUGUAUUUAAAGAUGGAAUGUGAAUAUAAUGAAGUAAAGAAUAUGCUAGGAGGGACAUGGAAGUUAGAUAGGUCAGAAAAUUUUGAGGAAGUUCUAAAGGCAAUGGGACUAAAUGUUGUUUUCCGGAAGUUAGCUAGUCAUGCCAAGCCAAGCAUGGAAAUACAAGUAGAAGACGGGAAAGUUAAGAUUAUUGCAAAAGCUUCGUUCUUCACACAAACUAUGACUUUUCCUAUAAAUGAACCGUAUGACCAAGAAUUUGAAGGGAUUAAAAUGAAAUGUUUAACAAAGUGGGAGAAUAAUAAACUGAUUACCGAAGCCAAUCCUGUAGAACCAGAAAAAGACAAGCCUCAGAAAUAUCAUAGGGAACGAGUUAAUGACGAACUUGUUCAGACCAUGUGGAUAGGAGAUGUUAAAUGUACCAGAUGGUUCAAACAACAGACUUGAUGGAAGAAGAAAUAAACUGGAAUAGAUUGAGUUUUAUAUCGUGUCUUUCAAUAUGUUAACGUUGUAAUGCUUUUUGUCACGAACAUCAGUUGGUCUUACCGCUUUUGCACUAUUCAACUUUUUAACAGUUCAACAAGUACUAUUAUUAAGGAGGGGAUUUUUUUUUCUAAGAGUUUAAUUUUGUUGUCACUCCUAAAAGUUUUGAUUAAAAGAAAAUACUAACAUUUGAAUCAAAUGUUUCGAGAGAGUGACCAAAUAAAAUAAGUAUUUUUAAGUUUUUUUGUGUCCCAAAAGACAUAAUGUGAAAUUAUGUCAGCAAAUAUUACUUCACUCCAUAAGCAUAAAGUACACAUCUGUUCAAAGGCGUUUGCGUUAUAAGCCUCACAUUAUUUACAAUAAAUGCACAUCAAAAUCGCCAUCAGUUCAAUACAACACUUUCUCACUCAAGAGUAGAUAUAAAAAUAAAGAUGUAACUUCAAGAUUUUAAAAGCUUGCUUCAAAUAUAUGUAUUUUAUUCGGAAUAAAAAAUUUAUUGUUUGUAUUUUUGUAUAGAAAUAAAUUGAUUAUAUGACACUUAACCAUGUUUGUAUAAUUUGUGGCUUUUUCAAGGAAAUGUAAGUAUGCAUUUUUUGUUUGUUUAAACUGAAUACCGACUUCAACAACUAUGGCUUAUAUGAAACAUUUUUCUACUGAUGAUUUAAGUCAUUUACACUGGGAUAGUCAUAUUCUUAAAAUCAGACAUCCUUAGUUGGGAAAGACCUCGACAGCGCUCUAGUGUAUUACUUUAUGGACGAACAAUCAUGUGGGUAAAAUCCCUUGAAGAGUUUUGUUAAAACACUCAUGAAACUAGCCGAAUGCACGACGUUCUGGAUAUGUCUUUGAUGCUACAGCUUUUAAAAACUUGGCAACAGAUAAACACUUUCCAAUUAUAUGAUAAAUUUCGAAAUUUCAGUUCCAUGAUCAAUAAACCGUGGUAAAACGGCUCAUGUAUUUCAGAAUAUAAUUGGUUUUUAACUGAGUAAAGAUACAUAAUUAUGUAGUUAUUUAUUUUAUUUAUGCAAUAUGUUCAUAUUCGAUUCGAAUUAUUAUGUAUUUUUUUCAAGUAUUUUAAGAAAUUCAAAAUUUCCUUUUUUGUUGUUGGUAUUUGUAAUAUGCAGAUUUAAACUGUAUGUUUUGUAUAUGGCGAAUUCACGAUGUUUAAAUGUUUUCGGUAUUUGAAAUAAUGCUUUUAUCUUUCUUAAAACAUGUGCAAUAAGAUGAAUAAAAUGUUGUGUAUUAUACAAUAUAUUUAUUUUUUCUUUUUUGCAUUAUAAUUUCACAAAAUACGAUUAAUAUUAGUGCAUAACGGCACUCUUAAAACACGAUAUGUUCAUAACCCCACAGUAUAAAAAUUUAUGUAUUAUAUCACGCUAUUAUAUUUUGUUUUGUUAAUAUAUUUUUGAACACGUGCACGUUUGACAUAAAUGUACUUAUGGAGCCUACUUAUUCGUAUUAAAAUAGAAUCAUCAUAGGUCUACAGUUUCAACUCGUGGGUGGAUAACAUAUAUUAUAGUUGUUCCUGGUAGUGUUUGAUUGAACCAGCUAAUGGACACUUCUACGGAAGUAAAAUUAAUUUCAAUAUCCAGUAGUGUAUCGGGGGAAUACGUAGGCGGUGGUAAAUGAAAGCUUGUAUAUAAAUAUCGGAUUUUCUAAACCAUGUAUCAGUAGAUAAUAUUUGAUAGGUUUGACCAGUUGUACAUUUUCAUGCCUUUAUGACAUUGAGAUAGAAAAAAAUAUAUUUAUUGUAGUACAAUAAUAUUGUCUCCAAAUUCAUCACACAAAGACACACAGCAAUUUGUUGAUACACGAGAUACUUAAUCGAACCUGAUAACAUUCAAGCUGCAUGUACCACAGGUUUACUUAAGUAUAUAGAGCAUAAUAUAUUAUCAUAUUUCACUAAGAAAAACGAAAUUUUCAAGAAAAGUAAUAAUGUGUUUGUUUCAAGUAAUAAUUGACAUGUUAUGUUCGAUAAUGAUUAAUUUAAUUUUACA